UACCUGUCAAGAAAGACUGUAGACAAGUUCUUGGGACCCUUUUGCGUUUCCUAAACCAUUUUCAGAUUUUCUAGUCUCCUCGGGAAAAGAUUUUAUUCGUCGUUCCUUUUUACUGCUAAAUUCUUGUUGCUUGAAAAUCUGUCUUUUUUUAUCCUCCAAAUCUUUUACUGUAUUGUAACAGCCAUUUUAGCUUGUAGGGUGUCCAGCACUCAUCACUUUUAUGUGCAUAUAUGAUCAUGUUUUCAUUUUCAUGUUAAAAUCUUGAGUGUUUUUAGUCUUCUUGAAGGUGUUGUUAGUUUGGGAAGAUAGGAAAAAAAAAAUCAGAGAGAGAUGGAACAGAAGCAUAUGUUGUUGUCUGCUUUGAGUGUUGGAGUUGGGGUCGGUAUGGGGCUAGGAUUGGCCUCUGGACAAAAAGUAAGCAGGUGGGCUGGUGGAUGUGGCUCAAUAGAUGGUGUCACGGCUGAGCAGAUUGAGCAAGAGUUGAUGAGGCAGGUUGUUGAUGGAAGAGACAGCAAGGUCACAUUUGAGGAGUUCCCUUAUUAUCUCAGUGAGAAAACUCGAAUGUUAUUAACAAGUGCGGCAUUUGUUCAUUUAAAGCAUGCUGACUUUUCCAAGCACACCCGGAAUCUUUCUCCUGCUAGUAGAGCGAUUUUGCUCUCAGGACCUGCUGAGUUUUAUCACCAAAUGCUUGCGAAGGCUUUAGCACAUAACUUUGAAUCAAAGCUGCUGUUGUUGGAUGUUAGUGACUUUUCCAUGAAGAUGCAAAGCAAAUAUGGAUGCAGUAAAAAAGAAUAUUCUUUCAAGAGGUCCAUUUCUGGGGUGACAUUGGAACGAAUGUCCUCUCUGUUUGGUUCUUUCUCAAUCCUUUCUCCAAAGGAAGAAACAAGGGGUAAGGAAGGGUCUAGUAAUUCUCCCAAACUUCGCAGAAACACCUCCACCGCUUCUGAUAUGAGUAGUAUGACUUCACAGUCCUCUUCCAUGAAUCCAGCUCCUCUCAAGCACACAAGCAGUUGGUGUUUUGAUGAGAACCUAUUUUUGCAAUCACUUUACCAGGUAUUGGUUUCAGUAUCAGAAAGAAGUUCCAUCAUUUUAUACCUUAGGGAUGCUGAGAAGCUGCUUCUUCAAUCACAAAGGAUGUACAACUUGCUCGAUAAGUUGUUGAAGAAACUCUCAGGUAAUGUGUUGAUACUUGGUUCCCGGAUGUUGGACCAAGAAGAUGAUUGCAAAGAAGCGGAUGAAAGGCUCGCAAUGUUAUUCCCAUACAACAUUGAGAUCAAACCACCAGAAGAUGAGAUUCAUCUUGUCAGCUGGAAAGCCCAACUGGAAGAGGACAUGAAGAAGAUUCAGUUUCAAGAUAACAAAAACCACAUUGCUGAGGUGCUUGCGGCAAAUGAUAUUGAAUGCGAUGGUUUGAGUUCUAUUUGCCAUGGAGACACAAUGGUUCUUAGCAAUUAUAUUGAAGAAAUCGUGGUAUCAGCAAUCUCAUAUCAUCUGAUGAAUAAUAAGGAUCCGGAAUACCGAAAUGGAAAGCUUCUUAUAUCAUCUAAGAGCUUGUCACAUGGAUUGAGUAUAUUCCAAGAAGGUAAAAGUGACGGGAAAGAUACACUAAAACUAGAGACUAAUGCCGAAGCUGGCAAGGAAGCUGAAGGGGAAGAGGCUGUUGGUGCAAAGAAUAAUAGUAAGACUGAAAAAGAGAAAUCUGUUACUGGCGCGAAGAAGGACAGCGAGAAUCAACCUAAAGCCCCUGAAGUUCCUCCUGACAAUGAGUUUGAGAAACGAAUCAGACCAGAGGUUAUCCCUGCAAAUGAGAUUGGAGUAACAUUUGCAGAUAUUGGUGCCUUGGAUGAAACCAAAGAAUCACUUCAGGAGCUUGUCAUGCUGCCUCUUCGGAGGCCAGACCUCUUCAAUGGUGGGCUUCUCAAGCCAUGUAGAGGUAUAUUGCUAUUUGGUCCACCUGGAACAGGAAAAACAAUGCUGGCAAAAGCUAUAGCCAAAGAAGCCGGAGCAAGUUUCAUAAAUGUCUCAAUGUCCACCAUUACUUCAAAAUGGUUUGGUGAAGACGAGAAGAACGUUCGAGCUCUGUUCACACUUGCUGCAAAGGUUUCCCCGACUAUCAUAUUUGUGGAUGAGGUUGAUAGCAUGCUAGGGCAGCGGACUAGAGUUGGUGAGCAUGAGGCCAUGCGGAAGAUUAAGAAUGAGUUUAUGACUCACUGGGAUGGACUGUUGACAAAACCUGGUGAGCGUAUUCUUGUCCUUGCAGCGACCAACAGGCCAUUUGACCUUGAUGAAGCAAUUAUUAGGCGGUUUGAGCGCAGAAUUAUGGUUGGUCUUCCAUCUAUUGAGAGCAGGGAAAGGAUUUUGAAAACUCUCAUGUCAAAAGAAAAAACAGAAGAUCUAGACUUCAAGGAGCUUGCAACCAUGACAGAAGGGUAUACUGGAAGUGAUCUUAAGAACCUGUGUGUCACAGCAGCAUAUCGACCAGUUAGAGAGCUUUUACAGCAGGAGCGAGUGAAGGAUAAGGAAAAGAAGCAGAAAGCUGAAGAAGGCACAAGCUCAGAAGAUGCUGCAGAUACAAAGGAAGAAGGGAAAGAGGAAAGCGUGAUCAUUCUAAGGCCGUUAAACAUGGAUGAUAUGAGACAGGCAAAGAAUCAGGUUGCUUCAAGUUUCGCAACUGAGGGUACGGUAAUGAAUGAGCUAAAGCAAUGGAAUGAGUUGUAUGGCGAAGGGGGUUCAAGAAAGAAGCAACAGUUAACUUACUUCCUCUAGAUUUUACAAAGCAGUCACCCUGUCAUUGGCAACGUUCUUUGUAUGUCGGAGGUUAUGGCCUUCCCUUGCAACUGAAACAUUUUUCCUACAAGCAUGCAGCAGCGGGUGUCGAAUGGAACGCAGAAUGCCCGACACCAGAUCCUCAGAGUGAAAUGAUGGAAAUUACAGAGAAGUUAAAACGUACUGUUUCAGGUUUCUGUCAGAAAAAUGUGUAGAUGAAGCGAAAGAGGGGGUUCUCACUUGUCAGUAUGUUUUAGAUCAUUCUACAAGCAAUUGCCACUGCAUUUUUAGUAUUGUAAUUAUGUGACUGUGUGGUGCUUGGAAAUGCACAAGGGUUUGUGGAAUUUGAGAGGAAUCUGUAUUGGGUUUUUCAAGAUAGUCUGUAGUUUACGAACAAAUAUUAAGGGUAGCAUUUGUACAUCAGUCUUCGUGAAAAGUAGUAAUACUCCUCCUUACUCUUGUGGUA